AUGUUUGUGGGAACUCCUUUGGGUAGAAAUUCCUCCUCCCCUGUCCCCGCCCACAGCCCCAGUCCUGAUGGUCAGUCAGGCGGUCCCGCCCAACCUCCCCUGCCCGAGUCGCCUCCAUGCUGGGCAACACGGGCACGGUGGGAUCUUGCUCAGGCAGAGGCAGAGCUGCGCCGCCUACGGGAGCGCCACGCAACCGAGACGGACACUGUGAAGCGGGGUGUAGAGCGGGCCGUCUCGGGGGCUCGCAGAGAAGAGCGGCGCCUGCUGGAAAGGGUGGAGCAAGACCACCGGGACACUCAGCAGCAUCUGGAGCAGGUCCAGAGAGAGAACAUGGCAGCAGCCCGGGUCAGCCAGUCCCUGUUGGACCAAAGGCUUCGUAGUCUUGCUCGACUUCAACAGCGGAUUCAGGAGGUCGGUCAACAGUCAUGUCCAGAGGAUGGUGGGCCAAACCAGCUGCUGAAGGACGUCGCAGAAUUCCUACAACCCUGGGAAGUCUCAGUUUCCCUAAAGAAAGUGAAUUUCAAACCCAGCUCCCAACCUCAUGCUGUCAACUUCGGAGAUAUUCGCGUGCAAGAACAAAGCCUGUGCCUGCAUGUCGGAGGUUGCGGGCCACAGAGGCAGCUGUGUGCUCUCCAUUCACAGAAGAUGCAGUCGGACAGUGAAGACACACACCAUCAUGGUGCUGGAGGAGAGAAAAGCCCUCUAGGAGAGGGGUGGACCUCACCAACAGGCAGGGUUAUCAGGAAAAUCAGUCUUUCUACUCGGAGUGAUCUGGAAUCAGAGGAGGAACAAAACCUCUCCCCAACAAAGAUGUGCCCCUGGGUUCCCAAGUGUGAGCAGUCUGACUGGGAGUCAUCCCAGGAUGACGAGAUCGAGUCAGCCUCUCUUCAGCCACAAGGCGAGGACACAUUUUUGACUGUCCCUACGGUACGUAAUAGCAUGGUCACUGCAGACAAGGAGCAGGUGUACAAGAUGAAUGGUAAUGCUAAACACUACACUCCCAGGAAUCCGACAAGAACUGUAACGGCGGUCUCUGGUCGGAAGUUGUCCCCCUCACCUGAACGAAGAAUGGAGCAUGCUAAGCUGAGUCACGACUUGAGUUUAGACAGCCAGGGUGGAGGGAGAGGAAAAGUGAGUCAUGAGUCCAACAGUAGACCUUUGAAGUACGGCAACAGCGCCAUAACAUCUCCCAAGAUGACUUCAAGAGAGCUUUUGACCAGUCAAAGCUGCCUCGACCUCACUUCCAGGGGCCGACCUCACUCUCGACUCAGCCAGUCGUCUGAUGAACACUCUCUCGGGCCCCAUGGUGACAAUGGCCGAGCACCAUCCCCAACAGACAGCCUUGACUCCAGCUAUACUUUCAUCGUUGGCCCACCUCACGACUACAGCAUGAACAGAGGCUCUUUGAACUCCAACUGCCAUUUAUCAAAGUCUGCAGUGGACUUGACACACAAGACUCGCCCGAUGAUCAGUGGUGGGAUGAAUGAGCACCUCGGAGAGUGGACCGUGACGUGUAACGACUUCAACGCCAUGUCGAGCUCAACGUCCCCAACUCUCAGUAGAAGACCAAGGGUCUCCGACAUUUGGCAGACCCCAAAACGCUCAAAACAACCCCUGGUGGCCAGGUCUUUAUCCAUGUUUGUCAUUGAUGGAUCCUCUCAAGAGUCAAAGAGAGGCAGAGAAAAGAAAGGAGAGUCAGCCCUGGUGGAGUUGGACGAAGAGGGAGACUCGUCCUUGACAGUGUUCAACCCCAGAGGAGUGCACCUGAUCAGGCAGUUUGGGAAGCAGGGUUCAGGUAGAGCCGACCUUACACUGCCAAGUGGUAUCCAUGCCACACCACAGGGCCUACUCUAUAUAGUGGACUGUGGAAAUGCACGUGUUCAGGUGACUGACCUUCGGGGCAAUGUCCUCCAGCAAGUGACCUCCCCGACUUCUGAUGGCUCUGCAAGAAGAUGUCGGAACUAUUUUGACAUUGCGGUCAACGCUAAAGGUUUGAUUGCACUUAGCUGUGCAGCAGAGCGGGCCCUGCUUAUCUUCAGCCGGCAUGGUCGCCUACUCCAGACAUUUGGUGGUUCAGGGUUGGGCUCUGCAAAAGACGAGCUUGAGGCUCCCAGGGGCGUGACCACAACCAGACUGGAUGAGUUCUUGGUAGCUGAUAUCCGGAAAGGUAGCCUCAUUGCCCUAAAGCUUGACCCUAAAACAGGCUCCCGUCUAGAGCGCACAGUGGUGACCGGAUUCCACCGGCCUUACUUAGUGGCAGCUUGCUCAAGCUCAGGCAUGGUAGCUGUGUCCGAAAGGGGCAAUGAAACAGGCCGUGUGCCUUGCAUCAAAGUGCUGGAGCCAGGCUGGAACACAGUGAGAGUUCUAGGUAUAUGUGCUGGUAUGGGACCAGUCCUCGCCUGUCCUUGGGGCAUCUGUAUCGAUACAGAUGGCAAUGUGCUGGUAGCGGACUGGGGGGAGCAGCACAGAGUCCUGUUAUACCCAGCACAGGGAGUGGGGUGGCCGAUAGUGACCCAGGGCUUGAGUAGUCCACGUGGACUGGCCCUUCUACCUGAGGGCCAACUAGCCGUGUCUGACAGCAUGCACCAUUGCAUUAAGAUAUAUCCGUACAAAGUGACCCACGGCUAG